AUCCGUGACCACCAUGUUCCUUCGCACCCUCACCCUCCUCUCUCUCCUAACGUGGACCCUCGCCGCGUCCGUGUCGACACUCUACCAAUUCCGCAACAAAGGCACCUUCAUCGACAACCUCGUCAUCCGAGGGAAUGGUCAUAUACUCCUGACGCGAAUCGACGUUCCACAAGUCUGGUCUGUCGAUCCGAAUACCCGCGUCGGGACCGUGGUGCACGAUUUCAGUUACGACAACUCCACCAUAACCAGUUGCUUUGGCAUUGCUGAGGUACACCCAGGGUCGGACAUUUUCGCGGUGGUAACCGGUAGCUUCGACGCGAGUAGCUUCUCGUCUGUCCCGGGUUCGUUUGAGGUAUGGAAGCUAGAUAUCAGCGGGGAUGAAACGGAAGUGUCACCGUUGGUUGCUAUUCCUGAAGCGAAGGCACUGAGUACUGUUAUCAAACAUGGGGAUCUACUCUUGAUUGCGGAUAGUCCGGAUGGUGCGAUAUGGCGUGUCAACCUCCGCACGAAUGAGUAUGCCAAAGCCAUCGUGCAUGAGUCGAUGCUGCCGGCACCGAAUGCACCGCCGAUGGGGGUCAAUGGUAUCCGUGUGCAAAACAGCUUUUUGUACUACGCUAGUACUACGCGAGAGGAGUUCCGACGGGUGGCUAUUAAUGCAUACGGAGAAGCUAUAGGGCCGUUUGAGAUAAUCGCCAGCGGCACCGCGCUGGAUAAUUUCGAUUUGGAUGUGGAUGGGACAGCAUACAUGGCGACUAAUGCGCAGAACUCGAUUACCACGAUCUCGCCAAAUGGGAAAGUUGAGACUAUUGCCGGGGGGAAGUCGUCGAGGGAAUUGCCAGGGCCAACAAGUUGUGUCUUGAAGGGGAAGAAGCUGUAUGUUGGGACAAAUGGAGGCUUGACUGCACCGGUUGAUGGUGUGUUUACGGAGCAAGGAAAGGUUGCAACCAUUCAACUCCCUUAAUAAGUACCAUUUAGCUCCAGACAGAUAAUAAUAAUAAAAACUACUGCAUCGCCUUAAAA